AUGUAUGUAGGGCAGCCAAUGUUCUUAAAACCAUUCACGGCCGAAGCUACUGCUCUGGAGAUAGGUCUUCAAGUUGUGUGGGAGAGGGGAUUCAGGGACGUGGUGUGUAGUGUGGAUAGAAGGGACUUGAUCCAGGCUCUGCAGGAUGAUGACAACCAUCAAUUUCUCCCCAUCCUGGGUGAAAUCCGCCAGCUUUUGCAAAGGAAUUGGGUGGUAUCCUUGAAUGGUAUUAGCCGGGAGUAUAAUGAACCGACUGAUUGGUUGCCUAAGAGAGGAGCGUCAUCUCCGGCCAUUCUGUGGUGCUUGCUGGAGGAACCGCCUUGGGAAUUAGAGGUCCUGAUUUUGAGGGACCGUUUAAGCUUCUUGUAA